AUGGAACGCUCUCUCUCUCGUGAGGAGAAAGAGGAACUUGUACGUAGCACAAAAAAGGUCAAGAAUGUGAGCCAUGCUGGUUUCGGUGAAGGCCAUAGCUCUGGCUCUGCUUCACCAAAUCGUGAUGGUGUACCGUGGAAUCUAAGUGCGUCGUUCAGAGAUAAACUUUUGGGAGAGAUUCCUGGGGCUUUCGCACAAGCUUUUAGCUUUGAGGAUGGAAUGGAUGAUGAGGUUGAGUCGGAUGGGGAGAUUGAAACACUCCGGCAAGGCCUGUUAGCUGUUAAAAUUCCCAAGGAACUCAAACAAAGAAUCCGUAAGCUGUGGACAAGCGCUUUUAUCGUUAAAGUUUACGAUCGGAGUGUGGGGCUAAAUUUCAUUCAAGGUAGGUUACUGGCUCUAUGGAAACCGGCAGGGAGGUUAGAUUGUGUGGAUUUGGGUCAUGGCUUCUUCCUUACAAGGUUGUCCUUAAGUGAAGAUUAUGAAAAUGUUUUGAGGAAAGAGGCGCUGCAGCUCAUUGGAAAAGCCAUUGGCAAUGUCCUCCGAAUAGAUACCUUUACGGCGUCGGAAACUAGAGGACGAUUUGCAAGGUUGUGUGUGCAAGUGGAUGUGGAGAAACCUCUAGCUAUUGCUAUUAUGAUAGGGAAGCUCGAGCAACAGAUUUGUUAUGAAGGAAUUCAAAAAAUGUGUUUUGAGUGUGGCCGUUUAGGACAUAGUAAGGAGCAUUGCCCUCAUGUUGUCUGGCAAGGACCGUCGUACUCGGAGGCCGAAUUGAAGGAGGCAGGUGAGACGUGUUUUAGCUCACGGUCUACACAUGUUCCUGACAAAGCAAGGCGCGGGGAGGGGACCAGUGGUGUGAUGCGUGAUUUUGAGCAAAGUACUGAGAAGGUGGAUGUGCGUGAGGAGGUGUACGGGCCUUGGAUUGUAGUAAAGCGCAGAAAAAAUAGUACAAACCCGUUGAGGAGUGGUGGGACAUUGCCUCGGCAAGGUAGUGGGAUGAAUACCAGAACAACUGAGUACAUGGAAAAGGGAAUUGCGGAUCGGGCUGCUGGGAUUGAUGGGUCUAAUAGAGAGUCUAAAAGGAAGAUGUCUCCUCAGAGUUUUGUGGAUAAGGCCCGAUUUGCCUCUGUGGUCCAAAGCAUCAAGCAGAAGGGUAAGGCCCAGACCCAACAAAGCCCAAGUUUGAUGUUGAAUAGAGGAGUUUCAAGUCAAAAUUUAGACCGGUCUAGCUUUUAUCCCAAUUCUCAGAGGCUUACAUCAGUCAAAGGGAAGAAAGGGGCAGCUCAUAAAAAAUCUCACAAUGAUGAUCAAGGCAGCGCCGUUGGGGCGCAGAGCUCACACCGCACCGGUUUCAAGCAAGCUCAGGUUAGUGCUGUCUUGGUUGGGGUUGAGGGACAAAGCGAAAACGGUGAUGGGCAGUUCCGCUUCGGUGGUUUGGGUGGCGGUGAUGGUGAUGGUGUUUGUUUCACUGCCAGUGCAGGGUCGUCGAGGGGUGAUUCGAGAGAGCUGGGUUUUUGUCCUGGCCAAGUUUUGAGCAAGGCUGAUCAGAUUAUUGGGGCUUCUUCAGCUUUCACUACUCAAGGAGAUUUAGUGGGUGAGCAGAUCGGUGUGGGAGCAAGCGUUGAGCAUAGGGAGUUGCCUCUUAGUGAAGAUUCCGAAGUCAAUGGAGGCAUGCAAGCGGUUGGGGGAGUUUUUGCUUCAAAUAUCUCAAGCCAAUGUGCUAUGGAAGAUUGUGAGACGGAGGGAAUGGAGUUUGAAGCUAGAGGCGGUUUUAAGAAAGGUGCUCUGAAGCCUUCUUUUAGGAAGCGUGUUACUAAUUUGGUGCAAAAUUACAACCCAUCAAUCUUGGUUGUUAUGGAAACCCGUGUAGGGGGUGAUAGAGCUAGGGAGAUCACAAAUUUGUUGCCGUUUGAUGGAGCAUUCCAUAUUGAUUCCAUUGGCUAUGCAGGGGGUCUUUGGGUUCUGUGGAACGCUGACAGAGUUGAUUUAGCCUUACUCGCCAGUACUGAGCAGGCGGUUCAUGCGGAGGUGAAGGUGAUGGAGUGGAAUAAAAACCAAUUUGGGAAUAUUUUCACUAGGAAAAAGAACUUGAUGUCGAGGCUGAAUGGUAUUCAAAGAUCUCUAGCUUUACGCCCAUUGGAGUUCUUGGUUAAUUUGGAAGAUGGGCUUCUUAGGGAGCUGGAUCUUGUGCUUAGGCAAGAGGAGGAGUUGUGGGCUUUAAAGUCUAGGGUGAAUUGGAUGAUUCAAGGGGACCGUAAUACGACUUUUUAUCAUGUGUCAACCUUGGUUAGAAGUAAGAGGAAUAAAAUUAUGGCUAUAAAGAAUACAGUGGGGGAUUGGAUUAUUGAAGAGGGGGAGAUAAAAGACUUCAUUAGGAGUGGCUAUGAGCAGAUUUUCUUAUCUUCUCUCUCUUCUGUGCCUAGGAUGGAUCCUGCUGGCUCGCAAUGUCAGCCUAGGCUCUCGGAGUUGGAGAAGGAGAGUAUAAGUGGGGGGCCUUCUAAAGAUGAGGUAAAGGCAACCCUUUAG